AUGGGUGAAGAAAAAAAGUCCAUAAAGGAAUAUCUUGGAGAAAAAUUAGAUGAUAUUUUGGAUACCUCGGAACCUAUAAUAAAUACUGCGGGAAAAUUGGCUUCCGCUACAUUGUCAACCAUCGAAACGUCGGUUCCCGUAAUAGUUCCAAUUACAAAAUUUUUCCCCUUGAUUUCUGAAAUUGGGAAUGUUCUCAACGAAAUCGUUGAAAUUGUACAAGCAGCCGAACACAAUAAACGAAUUUGUGAUGUAUUGUUACAGAAGGUUUACGCAGCAGAAUUAGCCGUACAUGACCUAAAGGUUCGAAGAAAUGUUCAUCAAGGAUGUUUUAAUACAAAAAAUUAUUUAGGUUUACAAAGUUUAUGUAAUGUCAUAUCACAAAUUAAAAAAUUUACCGGAGAGGUUUCUCAAAUGAAAACUAUGAUGAAAUAUCUUAAAGGGAAAUCGAUUGAGAAAACCUUCAAGGAAUUAUGUAGGGAAUUUGAUAGUUGUGUGAGUUUAUUAAGUUUUACUAUCGCUGUUAAAGAUAGAAUAGAUGAAGCUGAACAAUUAAGAGCCGAUCAAGAAGAGUUAAAUAAGUAUAUAGAAGAGAUGGGAAUCGAAGUCAAAGAGAUUGGAGCUGAUGUCAAGCAAGUUAAAACCGAUGUCAAAGAAAUUGGAAAUGAUGUCAAGGAGCUAGCAACCGAAAUAACCGAAAUCAAACAAAUUACAAAAAAUUAUCCCGAUAUGGUUUUAAAAAUCACCGCAAUGCAUACUACUAUGGAAAAGUUAUCCAAACAUUCCGAACCUCAAUCAAAAAUCGAUAAUCUUUUCCAGGUCCAUAACCUAAACUUUGAAGAUUAUGUCCAAGGUGAUGAGAAGCGUGAUGGUGGUCAAGUGACCAAGUGGACGAAAAAAUAUCAAGAAUUUGCAUUCAAGGUUAUCGGUGAGGCUGUUAGUCCCGACCCAGAUUUCAGGCCCAAACUUUCUAAAAUGGUUAAUAUCCUUGGGGAAUGCAACAAAGAGUACGUCAGAUUAUCACACAAGUUUUCACCAUCGUCUUCUAACGAUUCACAAAGUCAACCGAAAAUUCCGACUCCAAAACGAACAUUUAGCAUUGAUAAUGAUUAUGAAUUUGCCAUUAAAGAUGAAGAUUUACAAGAUUUCGAUGCUGCUGAAGAUGGUCUUAGAGUAGCAAUGUAUAAUGUUGGAAAUCUAUAUUAUAAAGGUUGUAAUUGUAAGAAAGAUGAAGCUAAAGCUAUUUCAUAUAUGAAAUUAGCCGCCUAUAACGAAUACAAUCCUGCAAUCACAUUCUGCAAGGAUCAUAAUAUCAAACUAUAA